AUGAGAGAAGAACCUGUUGUUUACAUAAAUGGAAAGCCUUUCGUACUUCGUGAAGUUGAAAGACCAUAUAAAAAUAUGCUGGAAUACACGGGGAUUGAUUGUGAAAGAGUUGAACGAAUGGAAGCUAGACUUAAAGAUGAUAUUUUGCGGGAAGCUGAACGAUAUGAAGGGGCUAUAAUGGUCAUCCAUGAAAAUGAUGGAGGCCAAAUAUCAGAUGCUUGGGAACAUGUGAAGUUGGAUGUUGUGCAGACUCCACGGGAGGUAUUAACGUGCUUUGAAGCUGAUGGUUUUCCCAUCAAAUAUGCUCGUGUCCCGAUAACUGAUGGAAAAUCUCCAAAAGGGUCUGAUUUUGACACAUUGGCCAUGAACAUUGUAUCUGCUUCUAAGGACACGGCUUUUGUUUUCAACUGCCAGAUGGGAAUUGGAAGGACAACAACAGGUACGGAGAAAUUGAGAGCUCCCCAUGAAUGUCAGCAUGGAGAUGCUGUCAUGGAGGCAAUUGUGAAGGACCGUAAUGGUUCAGUUUUGGGAGGUUCAAAGCAUUGUCUAGCCGGCAAAAAAUUAGAUCUUUGGAGAUUUGUCAGAAGUUCUGGUGAUACAUUUGAAAAGAUUAACGUCAUCUAUGCUGCCCCAAUCAUGAUCUCGAUCUGUCUCGUUAUAUUGCCCAGAAGGGUGAACAAUCCUCACACAGUUAAUCGGAACCUCGAUACACCACCCCGUUGCCGUCGGCUCCGCGGCUCACAUAAUUGGGAGUUGAUACAAUUGAGAAAGAGGCUACCGAUCUUCCCAACAUUGGCGGCGAGAGUUCAGAAUCUCAGGAUACUGGAGCAGGACGAGGUGGGCCCCAGCGCCUACCAACCCAUCAUUAGCUUCCACAGGCCAAUAGGCCCAUCAGCAGCAAGGAGGAGGGAGAGGCUGGGCCGGGCCCCACCAUGGAGGAUAUGGUGGCCGUGGUGGAGGUGGCCGGGGGGCUCGCAGAGCAGCUGUACUAUGGUGGGACCCACAACUACUACCAGCAGGGACUGCAAGACCAAGGUCAGGGUCGGGGCGAGGGGCCCACAGGGCCCUGGUGCCUAUGCAGGCAGUCGAGAGGGUUCCUCCAGUGGUGGGCAGUCUAGGCCGCCAGCUCCCGAGCUGUACCAAGCUCCACAGUCCCCAUAUCAAUCUACGUCGAGUCGGCCUGGUUGGCCGGGUUCCUCUUCUUCAUCAUUUUCAAAGGCAUCACCACCAGAGCCGACCCAAGUGGAGGCUGUGAUGGAACAACUUGUGAAGCUGUACAAGGAGUCUCAUCUUGGAAAGAGGCUGCCCGUGUAUGACGGGAUAAAGAGUCUCUAUGCUGUGGGUCCCCUGCCGUUUGUAUCUAAGGAGUUCAGAAUAACCCUUCUCGAUGAAGAUGAUGGAGCAGGCAGGCCAGACCAAAAAAGCAGUUAA